AUGGCUGUUUUGGUUAAUGACCAUCCUAUCACACAAAGCCCAACAGUGAGGAAGGCAUCUAAUGUUACAGUUCAAUCAGUGUUGGAGAAGAUUAGUGUGGAUCAUCUGGAAUGCUCCAUCUGCACCAACCGUUUCAGGCAGCCCAAACUGCUGGACUGUUUGCAUUGUUUUUGCCUGUAAUGCCUCCAAGAGCUCAGACAGAGCCAAGAUCCUAGUGGUACAAAGCUGACAUGUCCUCUGUGCAGACGAGAAACCGUACUGAAAGGGUCUGGGGUUGCUGAUCUCCCUAAUAAAUUUGCAUUCAGUGCCCUGGUGGAGGAAGUUACAAUGCAGGAAAAGCUACUGGAAGGUCAAGGGUCAGAAAUCAAAUGUCAAGCCUGUGAUGAAGAGAAUCAGGCUGUGUCAAGAUGUAUGGGCUGUGAUCAUUUCCUGUGUCAAGAAUGUCAAAAGGCUCAUGAACGUCUAACCCUAAUGAAAUCUCACAAAAUCUACACAUUGGCUCAACUUCGAUCAGGAGAGAUAGUCUAUAAGAGUAAAUUAAGAGACGAAGUUCCAAAAUGUUGCAAGCAUCCAGAUCAGAAUCUCAGUGUCUACUGCAACUCAUGUGAGCAACUCAUAUGCACAACUUGCUCUGUGCUUGAUCACACAAAACACUCACUCACUGGAUUACCUGAGGCAGUAGAGAAAUGUAAGAAGAAGGUCACAGAAAUGGUCCAAAAAAGUGAGAGAAGAAAAACACAAUUGAGCACCACCAUCGAGGAGACGUGCAAAUUUCGUAAGGAGCUGGACACCAUGUUUGCGAACUCCAAAAAGAAACUCUCCAAAAAGGCUCAACAGGAGAUUACAAAGGUCAAACAGGAGGUUGCAAAGAUCCAAAAGGAAGAACACAAAUUGAUGAAAGAGAUGGACAGGAUUUAUCAAGAAAGAGUAAAAACGUUUGAAGCUGCUCAAGCUAAGAACAAGAAAGAGGUGACACAGACACAGCACAAGCUGGAGGAGGUGAAACAACUCAUGAAUCAAGCAAGUUGCUAUGAGAUUCUUGAACUUCAACAGAAGCUCUUGCAUAACCUCAGUGAAUUGACAGGGAAACAGCCACAGCAAGUUCCUGACAAGUUGACCUUCAUGGACUUUGAAGAAGGUGAAAGGUCACUUGGGAGUCUCAUUCUGGAGAAAGAGCCAAAGGCUACAGCAAAGCAAUCACCAAGACCUGCAAGAUCAUGUGUGAAGGAGAAAUGGGAACUGAAGACUGAUGUCAAGAACUUUGGACUUAGAACAUGCAUAUCACGUGUUGCAGCACACUCUAGCAAUAAUAUACUUGCACUACAUGUAACCAAUAUAUUUUUUUUAAAUGAACAUGCACUAUUCCCAGUUUCAAUUCCAAAUAAUCACCAGGAACAAUCUCCUAUCCCACAAAGGCUACAAAUCAAUGGCCUCACUGAUGAUGUAAGCUGUAUUGCAGUGAGCAAGGAUGACAAGCUCCUUGCUCUAGAUGGUCCAGUAGUCAAGGUCUUCAACAAGCAACAUCAGCUCCUCCAUCAGUUCACACCAGGUAGAGGGUCAAACAGCUACCCAACAUGCCUUGCAGUGGGUGACAGCAAUCUGAUAGCAGUGGGUCAUGAAGACGAGGCGGAGAUAUCUCUACACAACCCAGAUGGAUCCCUCAUCAGGAGACUGCCUGCUCCAAUGAUUAGAGGUUUUCUGACAAUGUACAUGUACAAUCAUCGGCUUAUUUACACAAACAAGUUCAAGAGAAGGUUGGUAUGUGUAGACUACUAUGGUGCCAGUGUAUUCUCAGUAGACAUGACCAGCAACAUGCAGAUGGAUGGGUACCCUACUGGUGUGUGCUGUGACAGUGAUGGCAGCAUCUAUGUUGCUGUGCAUGGAAAUCCAACAGGUGAUAUUCUGCAUUACAGUCCUGAUGGCAAGUACAUUGGUUGUGUGAUCAAGGACUGUGGUGAUCCAUGGGCCAUAACAAUCACAUCAGAUGGUGAUCUGGUAGUGGCUGCAGGAGAGUCUGUAAAGGUCUAUCACCGAGUGUAAGGACAUAUAAAUUAAACUGGGGCUAUCCAGCGUAUCCACCAACCACGUCCAUCAGACAUUGAAUAUUGUUAAUUAUCACUGAAAAAGAACCUUAAAGUUCAUUCCCUUGAAUAAGGCAUUGAAAUAAUGUAUAUUUCGUUUAUUUCUAAGGUAUUUGCUCUCCGUACGUGUUGACUCUCAUACCUCAACCACUUCCCCUUUAGAAAAUCUUGGACUUCGACACCCAGCCCACUUCCUGCAAAAUCUUAGAUCUGCCGGCCCAAUAAUGAGAGCAAGGAGUGACCCUUCACACUGUUUUCAAAUAGGGCAGAUUGCACAUUCUAAAAAUAUAUAAAAAUGAGAGGGAAAGCAUUACCACGACAGGGCAAUUCAAUUUUCUCGGAUUCAUCUCAGCGAAUGCAAAGUCAAUGCAUGAGGUGUUUUCCCAAGUAUAAGAUACAACCCUGCUCCUUUGUGAAAUGUAAACAUUUCCUUAGAUUUUGAUAUUCGAUAUUUCAAUUAUUGGCAACUUAUUUUCAAAGAAAAAAGAUUUUGCACCUCCGUGUACAUGUGACAAAAGUAAAUUAUUCAAAAGCAACUGGAUGAAAUAUGUGUGAUUUUGAACUAAAGCGAUAGUUUAAAAGUAAAUCAUAUGCAAUCCCUAGGUUGUCUCUUUCACAGUGCUUUCUGAGUGCCUCAUCAAAUUAAUAUCAGUUUCAUUGCAUUUACAACCAAGUUGAAAAUGAAAACCUUGUGCAUUCUACUGCAAUGAUACAUGGAUGUUUGUAAAUGUGGUUGGUAUGAUGGAUGUACUGUACAUUUGUAAAUUGAAAUCUAGUUUGUAAGCCUUUGUUAAAUGGCGUUUUUAAAUACUACAAUAGAAGAUGCAUUGGAACAUUCUAUGAAUUUGGGGUCCACUUUUUCCUGUCCCUAUACGUCUGGCAUCUACGAUUUUGUAAUUGAAGAUGCACUCCUUUAUGUGUGUACUCUUUCCACCAAGAAUGCUUCUGUGAAUCAAAUGACCUACUCAACAAAUAUUAAUUAGUUUGAAGUCAUUUUUAAUUGCAGUGAAUGGCAAAUGAUAAAUUUGGGAUGUGCAGAGACAGGAAAAAUGUCCGACUUUGGACCCUAAAUGUAUAGAAUGACCUACUUAUGAGAGGUUCCUUAUCACUACAAUAAUAGUUUAGUUUAUUCCAUAAAUGAUUGAGGCUUUUACUUCUUCGACUAAUCAUUGAUUUGCUACAUGCUGAUAGACCAAGUAGUUUAAAUGAAGCAAUGAGCAUUUGCUUUAAUUACAGAAUAUCUCUCCAAGAGAACGCAGCUUACAUGACAACAAUGCCAUUUCGACAAAGAUCCAAAGUCUGUUAUUUUACCAAUCAGCAUCUGGAACUUUCUAAAGGUACCAGCAGAAUAACUAGGGUUGGAAGGUUUUUGUAAGUAAAAGGAUAAUUUUAUUUUUCAUGGACUUUUGUUUUUUCAAAGACUUUGGAAAAGUAGUUUCUAUUGAAAAGGUGGAUACAAUGAAAAUGGAAUGUCAUCGGCGUUUCCUUGAGUGGAAAAGGUCAAGACACACUCAGAUUUACAGUAUUUUAGGGGGAACACUGGGGCAUUGAAAACAUCUCAAUAGUAAACUGUUU